AUGGCAAACGAAUUAAAUAAAGAUGAACAAGGUAUCAAGUUAGACGAAGAAACAAUAGACACUCUUUUUGGUACAUUAUCACUCGAUAAAUAUCAACAAAACUCAAAACGUAACUCUGCAAAGGAGAACAUAAGACUUCAACGUUCCCCAUUCGAUGAAUUCAAAAUAUCUUCAACAUCAAUUCUUGAUACGUUGAAUGCAAGGAGUCUUUGCCCUAAAUGUGCCCGUUCUAUGAAAUUUUUCUGUUAUUGGUGUUAUCAAGUUGUUGGCUGUCAAAGAAGUAAGUCAACAGUGGCACAUGCAAAGAUUAUAGCUCCAGAUGAUGUUUCCAUAUAUUCCAAUUUAGACAUUCCAAAAUAUGAAAAUCCAAGCAGGUUAUUAUUACUUUUUCCUGGUCCAGAUUCAAAAACUUUGAAUGAAAUUUCAAAGGAUUCAUUUGAUAAAUUAUUAGUGGUAGAUGGUACAUGGCAACAAGCAACAAGCUUAACAAAAUUUACCCAAGAAUUAAAAAAUAUAAGAAAGAUUACCAUAAAACCGCAAAAAACCCUUUUUUGGAGAUAUCAAAAUAAGAGCGAAAAUCAUUUAGCUACUAUCGAAGCUUUGUAUUAUUUUUUAAAAGAAUAUUAUGAGGUUUAUGAAUCUGACAACGAUGAUCAUCGUUAUGAUGGUAGAUAUGAUGAUCUUCUAUGGUAUUAUAAAUAUUUAUACGAAUUUAUUCAAGCUACUUAUAGUAAAAGUCAAAAACCUUAUACUUCAAGACAUCGUCAAGGGUAUAUCGAAUACGAUAAUAAAUAA